AAAAAAAAACCCAACCAACAAACUGAAUUUUUUUUCCAAAGAAAUGGUUGAUAUCUCCGCGUCCACUAAGCAGCCGGAGCCGGAGCAACCCGUGGCAGUAGAUGAGAAGUCUUCUGGCGAGGAUGCCAAGAAGCUCUCGAAGCGCGCAAUGCGAAAGGAGAAGCGCCGACUGCAGAGCGAGGAGCGCAAGGCGGUGAAGAAGCUCAAGCGCAAGGAACAGCAGCGCGUCAAGAAGGCGAACGGUCUCAUCCCGCCACCCAAGGAGCUGGACAUGAGUGAGGAGGCCGUGCAGCGUCGCAAAGACCGCGCUAUUGCCAGACGUGAGGCCUAUCUCAUGGCUGCGGAGGAAGGCGUCAAGGUCGUGAUCGACUGCGAAUUUGAGGAGGAGAUGAACGAGAAGGAGAAAAAAAGUCUCUCGCAGCAGAUCAUGUUUUCGUACGGAGUGAACCGAAAAAGCCGCACGCCCAUGAACGCGUAUAUUACCUCUCUGCAUGGUGACAUCAGGAAGAACCUGGAGAAGAUCAGCGGUUUUCAUGAGUGGCAGGCGUUCACUGGGACAUCAAAGAGCUAUAUGGAUCUGUUCAAGAAAGAAUCACUCGUGUAUCUUACAGCAGAUUCGCCCAACACUAUCACGAAGCUGAGCCGUGACAAGGUGUAUAUCAUUGGUGGCAUUGUAGACCGCAACCGCUUGAAGGGUAUUACGUACGAGAAGGCGGUGGAACAAGGCAUUGAGACCGCUAAACUGCCACUCGACACCGUCGUCGAAAUGGGCUCUGCAACGCGUGUGUUGACUGUCAACCAUGUAUUCGAAAUUCUAGCGCAGUUUUCAGAGAUCAAGGACUGGGCUCAGGCCACUCUAUCUACGCUUCCUUCACGUAAGGGUGCCCACUUGAAGCUGGAAAAAUAACGCUUACGACAACAAAAAGAUGAACAAUACGAAUAAUUCUGAAAAAAAAA